CUCAUUGAGAGGAGACAGGAUUGGAAGAGGGGCCGUAUAAAGUCGGCUAAGGAGGAGUGAGACAAAGCAGUCGGCUCGGAAUUGGACUUGGGAGACGGGCUGCGCAGCAGGGAUCAUCUUGCGAGGGGAGCGCGGGGCGCCAGGCUCCUACUUAGCUGGGUGUUUCGGUGGCUUUAUUUCUUUUGGGCAAACUCACUAUUUUUUGCUGCGAGAGAAAAUAAGGCAACAUCAAUGAAGGAGAGAAGAGCGAGCCAGAAAUUAUCCAGCAAAUCUAUCAUGGAUCCUAACCAGAACGUGAAGUGUAAAAUUGUGGUGGUUGGUGAUAGCCAGUGUGGGAAAACAGCGCUUCUCCAUGUCUUUGCUAAGGACUGCUUCCCAGAGAAUUAUGUCCCUACAGUAUUUGAAAAUUACACGGCCAGUUUUGAAAUUGACACACAAAGAAUAGAGCUGAGUCUGUGGGACACUUCGGGGUCUCCUUAUUAUGACAAUGUCCGCCCGCUUUCCUAUCCAGAUUCCGAUGCUGUCUUGAUUUGUUUUGACAUCAGCCGGCCAGAAACCCUUGACAGCGUGCUAAAAAAGUGGAAAGGUGAAAUUCAGGAAUUUUGUCCUAACACCAAAAUGCUUCUGGUGGGUUGCAAGUCUGAUCUGCGCACAGAUGUGAGCACAUUAGUGGAGCUUUCCAAUCACAGGCAGACACCAGUAUCAUAUGAUCAGGGUACAAAUAUGGCCAAACAGAUUGGAGCAGCCACUUACAUUGAAUGCUCAGCCUUACAGUCAGAGAACAGUGUAAGAGACAUUUUUCAUGUUGCCACAUUGGCAUGUGUAAACAAAACAAACAAAAAUGUUAAGCGGAACAAAUCACAGAGGGCAACAAAGCGAAUUUCACACAUGUCUGGCAGGCCAGAACUAUCUGCAGUUGCUACAGAUUUGCGAAAGGACAAAGCAAAGAGCUGCACAGUGAUGUGAAGGAUCUAGGUUUCCUUAGGAAGAGACAAUGUGUUCAGGAAAGGUGAAGACUCAAUGAAGUACACAGCCAAAGUGGUAUAUAAUGUGUGGGCUUAAGUCAAUACUUUAAAGGAUACUCUUCACCUUUUGUGUGAGAUUGUAUUUAGGGAUUCAGCAUGUAGACUAAGCAGUGGGAAGAGAUGGAUCUGAAUGAGAUGACUGUCAAAAAUGUUACAUGGAAGAAAUGCCAAAAAAGGAAAAGAUUUGAAUGUGCUAAAGAAGAAGAGGAAAAGUAGCACGUCAGAGAAAGAAGAUGUCCUUGACAGUGGUUGUUUGUUUUCUUAAAGAUCUGUUCCUGGAUACCUACUUUGAUUUAAUUAAAAAAAUAUUUUAAUGUUCCUUUUUAAAAAUAAAUUAAAGAUGUUAAUAACACAUCCUCCUCGUUGGGGAACUAGCCCCAUGACCUUACAGUUAGUUUUGCCACAGGAUAUGAUCUAAUUUCCUUGUAGCUCAUCAUUAAAAUGGAAAUUAUAUCAAGACCCAUGGGUCAUCCGGAGAAAAACUUGUAUAUGAAAAGCUUGGAAGUCAUGCCUUCCUGCGAUGGCUGCACAAGCUAAAUUGAAACAUGUUAAUGACGAGAACCUGUUGAGACUUCCCAUUAUUAUAAGUGCCCUAGCACAACAAAAACAUUGACUAUUUCUGCUGAUCAUUGUGAUUGUAUUUAAAAAGUAAUGCUCUUAAACUUUAUUGUUUUACAUCUUCUGUGUAAAGAUAUGAUGUACUGUAUGGAUAUGUCAUUGUAGGUUGAGUUGCAAAAUCAGAUGAAAGGUGCUAUCAGUUAUGAUUACAAAUGAUCCUCAGUUUAAAACAUAAUUCUUACAGCUUUAAUACCCAAUCCUGUUUAGGUGCUGAGAAUCCUCAGCUCCUAGUCUUCAGGAGUGGAGGUGCUCAGUUCUUCCCAAGCCCUAUGGCUGUGUAAUGGAGAAGUGCUAUUCUGUGGUAUGGUUCUCUGCAACUAUGUUUAAGCAAAAAUAACAGUACACACAUGCACCAACAUAGCCAAGUUAUCUUGUAUAUGAUACAUUCUAACAGGGCUGCCUGUGGUGACCAUCUCUUAUUUCAGAUUUCAUUUUCUUAUAAAGAGCACUGUAAGGAAAUGAGGCCUUAAGGAGCCCCCAGUGGAAACUGGAUACUAUUUUAAUCCUAAGGGACUAAUAUGUGCAUACCCAGACAGUGGUCAUUAAACAUUACUUCAGUGAACCGGGUUCAGUCAAAUUCUUUUUCACUUGCUGAUUGCUAUAGUUACAUGAAAUAAAUCAAUCAGCCUUUAAAAUAAGUUGCAGAUGUUUACUGGCCAAUUAUUAUCACGGCUUCUUUUUAAAAGGAUACUCUGACCAGUGUUGCUCUAGCUUGCUGAAAACAAGCAUUCUUUUCCAGUAAUAAUGCUUCAUUUUUGAAGUAUUAAAGUGGUGUUUGCUUUAAGCUGUGGCAGGGUAGAGGAUGAUGGUAAUUUAAGCACUCAGUCCUACGUGUUACCAGCACCUUGCUUUGUUUCUGCAAAAAAGAAAAAAAACCAUUCCAGUCACUUCCCACAACCACCCCCCCCCAGCCAUUUUACCACCAUAAUAUGCUUUUGACUGAUGCAACAAUAUGCUUAGGGCAGUAUUACAAAAUAGCUGGCAAGUGCUUUCUGUAUUUAAGUAUUGUAAAAAGAAAAUAAGUUAUAACUGUUAUAAAACAGGACAUUCAUUACUUUUCUUUUUUUAACGUUGAAGUCACUUUGUAUGUUUGAUUAAUGUUUCUGCAGUAUUUAUUAAAAUACCCUUUUUUCUUUGAAUAAAAAAUAAUAACCAA